CCUUAUCCCCUCCCUUCUAACCCAAACUUGCAUCAAAAAAACUCCUUCAAAUCACAUCAACACACAAACACUUCUCUUCAACCCUUUCAUGUUAUCAUCUCAAACAAAAAUGGCCACAAACUCUCUCCAUUACUCCAUCCACCACCACCACCAUUCCCUCCUCAAACGCCACCACCACCACCACCCUUCAGAAACUCCUCCUCCUCCCACAUCACUUUUCCUCAAACCCUCCACACCAACCACCACACACUUAACUCUCUCCCACCACACUUCUUCUAACUCUCACAUCACUUCCUUUUCCCUCUCCCAAACCACACCCUCUUCUUCUUCUUCCUCCUCCUCCUCCACCUCCCAAACCAGCCCCUCCUUCGACCUCCUCCGCCACCACCUCUCCUCCCAAAACUUCCAGCAAGCUGAUGAAGAAACCCGGCGUCUCCUCAUCGUGCUUGCCGGAGAAGCAGCCCAGAAGCGCGGCUACGUGUUCUUCUCUGAGGUGCAGUUCAUCUCCGGGACCGACCUCGUCACCAUUGACACCCUUUGGAGGGAGCACAGCGGCAACAAAUUCGGGUACAGUGUGCAGAAAAAGAUUCUGGAGAAGGCCAAUGGGGACUUCACCAAGUUCUUCAUCAAAGUGGGGUGGAUGAAGAAGCUUGACACUGAGGUGGAGCAGUACAACUACAGGUCCUUCCCUUCUGAGUUCAUCUGGGACCUCAAUGAGGACACCCCAGAGGGACACUUGCCUCUCACCAACGCUCUCAGAGGGACACAGUUGCUCAAUAACGUUCUCAACCACCCUGCUUUUGUUGAUACUGACAAAGAACAAGGUGGAAAAGAUGAUGCUGGGAACAAUGACAAUGGGGCACUCCCAGGAUCAAAGGAUAAUAGUUCGUCUCCGAAGACUUUGUCUCAGACGGUCUUUAAACCGGAUUAUAGCUUCUGAGUGCACAGAGGAUGUACUUUAAUUUGGACUUAUAGUAAUUAUUAAUUUAUCAACCACUGCAAAUGGAUGAUACUUCAUUGUUUUUUCUUCACUUUCUUCCAUCGUAUCAGCUUUUUUUGGCUAAUGUCCUCUUAAA